AUGAGCUCUGAUGACGGCUACUUUGACGACGAGCUCGACUCAGCUUUUCUCAAUGAGGUCGAUGCAAUAGAGGCCGCUCAUGCGUCUGUCCCGAACCCAACCAAACCCGCAGCGCACUCGAGGUCCUCACGGAGAUCACCAUCUCCGACACACUCUGUGAUUGAGAUUGAGGACUCAGACCCGUUUGACGCCUUUGACUACGACAUAGCCGUCCUUCAAGACAUCCAGGAAGGUCGGGCACGGCAGCACCAUGGGCAACCAAUGGCAGGGCCAAGUAGAGCGGACAUGCAACGGACAUCUUCCAAGGGCACCGUCCAGACGACCUUGUUUGGCGGGGUGGUACAGGAAGUCACAUCUUCCAAACCCAAAUCUUCGACGAGGGCCCCGAUGCAACGCACUCACAGCGCUCAGGCUACUCUCGCCGAGAGGAAGACCAGGCGAUGGGACCAUACCGCCUUCGCCAAGUCGGGUUGGCGACAGUCUGCGGAAGAGAAAGCUAGGAAGAAAGGCAAGGGGAAAGCAUCUUUCGACGGCAUGGAGGAGGAGGAGGAGCCCGUAGAAUUCGAACAAUUCCCAGCACCCUUUGUGCCCGUUGGACACUGGAUAUACCCCCUUAAUAAUCCGAAGCGCGACUACCAGUUCAACAUCGCAAAGCAUUGUUUCUUCGAGAACACGCUUGUGGCAUUGCCAACCGGACUAGGGAAGACGUUCAUCGCUGGCGUUGUCAUGUUGAACUUCUUUCAUUGGUUCCCAGAUGGCAAAGUCGUCUUUCUUGCGCCGACGAAACCCCUGGUCGCUCAGCAAAUAGACGCUAGCCACAGGGUAUGCGGCAUACCAGGUAGUCAUGCUGCCGAGCUCACGGGCGAGACGUCUCGAGCGAAGCGACUAUAUGCUUAUGCGGAAAAGCGAGUGUUCUACAUGACGCCACAAACGCUGCUGAGCGAUCUGAUCUCCAAGACUUGCAACCCGUCAGAUAUAAUCCUGAUUGUAAUCGACGAGGCUCAUAAAGGUUCGGGCGACUACGCCUACGCUCAAGUCAUACGGUUCAUGAUGGCGAAGAACCCGCACUUCCGUGUCCUUGCACUGACGGCCACGCCAGGCAGCAAACCCGAGGCCGCGCAGGCUAUCGUGAAUUGCUUGCAUAUCAGCCACAUCGAGAUUCGAGACGAAGAGAGCAUCGACAUUCGUAACUACAUCCACAAGAAGGAAAUUGCCAAGCACCUCAUCCCGAUGAGUGAGGAUAUCCUCAAGCUGCGCGAUCUCCUCAUCAAGAUUAUGCAGCCAUUAAUCAAGAUGAUUCAGAGUAACGGCGCGAUGCAUGGCUCCCCCGAUCCAGUCAUGCUGCACUCCUUCAGAAGUCAGACUGCUCUAGGCGAGCUUCGUGCACGAAAAGCCCCCGGCUGGACCUUAGCUGCUGCCAGCAAAUUGCAGCCGCUAGCGCGGGCGAUGGGCUAUCUGUACGAAGCUAGCACGAACAUGUGCUACGGCGCCUUGAACAGUUUGCUGUCCGGGGUAGACAAUGAAACGGGCAAGAAGCCAGCAAGCAAGAACUCCCAACAAGGCUUGCAGAAAGACCCCAACUUCCAGGCUCUCAUUAAGGAGAUCGAGGACCAGAAGAACCGCGGCUUCUCCUUACACCCCAAGAUGGAGAAGCUACGUACACUGCUCGUGCAACAUUUCGCGAACCACAUGUUCGACCGGGAAGACGUCGAGGAUGGCGACCGAGGCGCAAGCGGCGCGGAAGAGUCCCGCGUUAUGGUUUUCGCCUCCUACAGAGAAUGUGUAGACGAACUUGUGGAGAUGCUCAACAAGGAGUCUCCUCUGAUCCGGGCGACACGCUUCAUUGGUCAAGCGACUGACAAGCAGGGUCAUCAAGCGGUUCAAAGGGGGGAAUUCAACGUCCUCGUAUCGACGUCUAUCGGAGAAGAAGGUCUCGACAUUGGCGAAGUCGACAUGAUUGUUUGUUAUGAUGCCCAGAAGACCCCGAUUCGCAUGUUGCAACGCGCCGGUCGGACUGGCCGUAAGCGCGCUGGCGUCGUGCACGUCUUACUUGCCGAAGGCCGUGAAGAUAGAAAUUGGGAAAAGGCGAAGGAGAAAUACAAGGACGUCCAAGAUUACAUUGUCAAGGCCGACGAGCUCGAGCUCUAUGCCGACGUUGAGCGACUUUUGCCUGACCACGUCAAGCCCGAAUGUGUGGAGAGGGUCAUGGAGAUCGAGGAGUAUGUACGCGAGGAGAAGGUCCCUAGGAAAGGCUCCCGCGCAGAUGCAAAUGGCUCUCCGAAGGGCAAGAAGCGCAAGCGGGAUGACGAUCCUCUGCGUAGUAUUCCUGCCGGGGCCAGCAGUAGCUUCGUGAACGUGAAGGAUCUGCUCGUGAAGGGUGCCAAGGGUAGGAGGAAGCGUAAUGUCGAUGUUGACCCAGAGAAAUACACGGGAGAAGAUGACGAUGACGAUCUGGAGAUCGAAGCAGGUAUUUUCGGUGCUCGCAGGGCGGCCUCGACCUCUGCGAUAUCCCGAGGGGGGAAGACAAAGAGGCCACGUCGAGCGAAGACCGUUGCCUCGACGGAAAGCGCGGAGAGGCCGAAGAAGAAGACAAAGAAGGCCGUUGCUCGUUUAGAACUCACAGAAAGCCAGAUGGCAAGAAUGGCCGCCGACGACUCUGAUGACGCCGAAAUUGAGCGCGGACUUGCUUCUCCUACCCUCGCAGUACUGACACCGACUCUUGCGACACACCCGAGUAGCCAUUCUGCAUCACUCUGGGAUCGGGACGUGUCGCCCAUGACAUCUGCGGAACGCAGUAUCAUUGACCUCACAACUCCUGAUCAGCCGAGUCGUACGAUGUCGUCAGCGGUUUCUCUGCCCUCAUCGCCUGACCGUCCGUUGUUCGAGAAGGGACGCAGCGAUGAACGACGAUACGGAACCGCCAUUACAUCGCCCGGUCCUUCCCCCACAUCAUCUCCCGAUCAACCGCUCAAGUCGAGGAGUACCAGCACGUCUAGCAGGACGCAGCAGACGCACCGAUCUGCUAGCCCCUUCUCUCUAUCCGCCACGCAUUCAUCCCGAUCUUCUGCCCCAGACGACGUUCAGAAGGAUGGCGACAUGGCUUGGUUAAUUGACGAUGACGAGGACCCGGAUCUACAAGUCGUCAAGUCGUCUCUCGCUCUCCAUGGCAGCUCAUCCCCCGUGAUCCUAUCCGACGAUGACGAGGACAUAUUCAGGGAUGAGUGUGAUUCUCCGCUGUCUGCAGUCAAAGACGCUGGACGGGCACCCGCUAGAUCGCUCAAUGGAUUCGCUUCCAGUCGGAAUGCGCUCAUGCUUCCUCCUGCCUUACCUACCCGGCUAGCGCGAUCGCAUGACGCUGAAUCGAUGCCUGAGCCCACCUUCGCUGUUCGCGCUCCUAGCAAACAGACCAAGAAGCGCGUCGUCGUGGAUGUCAGCGAUUCGUCGCCUCUUGUGAUGCCUCCUCCGUCUCAGCGACGCCUACAUCGGCAACACGACUCGCCUUCUCCGCCGUCGCCGGUGCCUCGCAGAACGAAGAAGCGAAAGUUCAAAGACAUGGCUGAAGCGCAGAAAGCUAAUCCAUGGAUGGACGUGGAGGCUUCCCACUCGGGUGAUGAGCGGAGCAUAGGAUCGUCUGACGCGGAGAAUGAGGACGGUUAUGAGCCAUCCUUCGUGCACGAUGUCCCUGAGACACAAGCCUCCCCAUCGUACGAUCAAUCCGCGGUAUACAGGCGAAGUCUCCUUACACAAGCUCCAGGAGGCAGCAGGGCUGGGCCAGUCUUCGCGGGUCGACCUACGGCGCGUGGUUGGGGCGUGCAUGGAGGGAGAGGCAUGUCGAGAGUCGUGCCUAGCUCUCCUCGAUACGACGACGAAGACGACGAGUACGAAUUCGGCAGCUUCGUCGUCCGUGACGACGAAGAAACUUCAUUUGCAGCUCAUUCAUCAAGUGAACUAUGA